CGGCGCCCCUUAGCUGAGCCGCGUGUCACGUGGCGGGCGGGGGAUGGGGGAGUCGAUCCCGCUGGGCGCGCCGGUGCCGGUGGAGCAGGCGGUGCUCGAGACGUUUUUCUCCCACUUAGGCAUCUUCUCCUACGACAAGGCCAAGGACAAUGUGGAGAAGGAGCGGGAGGCCAACAAGAGCGCGGGCGCCAGCUGGCUCUCGCUGCUGGCCGGCCUGGCGCACCUGGCGGCCGCCGAGAGAGCCUAUCACAGCAUGACCUUCCUGGGCCAGAAGCUAGGUGGUCAGUCAUUCUUCAGCCGAAAGGACUCCAUCCGAACCAUCUACACAUCUCUGCAUAAUGAGCUGAAGAAGGUGGUGACGACGGGUCGCAAUGCGCUAGGAGGAACAGCUCCUCACUUGGAAGAGCUGCUUUCUCACCUGUCUGAACAGCUCUGUUUUUUUGUUCAGGCUCGGAUGGAAAUUGCUGACUUCUAUGAAAAAAUGUACACCCUCAGCUCCCAAAAAUUCAUUAACUCUGAGGAACUGGUAAACAUUUUGGAAUCCAUUCUAAAGAAAUACAGCUCAAGAUUUCAUCAUCCAAUUCUCAGUCCCCUUGAAAGCAGCUUUCAGUUAGAAGUAGAUGUGCUUGCUCAUCUUCUAAAGGCACAGGCUCAGAUCUCCGAGUGGAAGUUCCUCCCGUCUCUGGUCAACUUGCACAGUGCUCACUCAAAACUGCAGACAUGGGGCCAAAUUUUUGAGAAACAGCGGGAGACCAAGAAACACCUGUUUGGAGGACAGUCUCAAAAGGCUGUACAGCCCCCACACCUUUUCCUCUGGUUGAUGAAACUCAAAAACAUCCUCCUUGCCAAGUUUAGCUUUUACUUUCAUGAGGCACUCAGCCGACAAACAACUGCAUCUGAAAUGAAAACUUUGACUGCUAAAACGAAUCCUGAUUAUUUUGGGAAAAUUUCCAGCUUCAUCCGGAAAUACGAUGCUGUCAAUGUUUCUUUAAUCUUUGACAAUCGUGGGUCAGAGAGUUUUCAGGGACAUGGUUACCAUCAUCCCCAUUCCUACAGAGAAGCUCCAAAGGGAGUGGAUCAGUAUCCUGCUGUUGUUUCCCUGCCCAACGACAGACCUGUUAUGCACUGGCCCAAUGUAAUCAUGAUUAUGACUGACAGAACCUCUGACCUCAAUAGUUUGGACAAAGUUGUUCACUUCUAUGAUGACAAAGUCCAAAGCACAUACUUUCUGACACGCCCAGAACCUCAUUUUACCAUUGUAGUUAUUUUUGAGUCUAAGAAAUCAGAGAGGGACUCCCAUUUCAUUUCUUUUCUCAAUGAAAUCUCACAUUCCCUUAAGAAUUCUAAAGCUUUUGCAAGCCUAAAGCCUGGAUCCAAAGGCUAAAAGCCACAUGGACUCAAGUAUUGCCAAGGCAGUGUAUUAGACAGGAAAAUAAACGUUAACUUUUAAGGAUUGUAUUUAUCCAUGAUUCUCAGAGUCUAAUUAAAAAAGAAACAUUAUUUUAAUAUCUGUUUUAAUUUUUUUAUGGCUAACAAACACUUGAAUCAAAUUAUUUUUUGGCAAUGCACAUGGAGAUGACUUAGCUGUGGUGCACUAAAAUGGCUGGGGGGGCGGGGUUUGCAUGGUGCUCAGUUUUACAGUAUGAAUUAUUUUUUCAGUCCAUAACUUUGUUGCCUUUAAUUAAAUGGAAUGUAUGCACUUUAUCUUGUUUAUGGAAAACUUGGUUAGAAUGGAAUAUAUUGUUAGAAUACUCUACUGCUGUAUUAACUAUCAGGAAUGAUGAUAUCUUGCUAAUUCUCACCAACACCCACUAGAAAUUAUUGAAACUUGCCAAUCUGAAUGAACAGUCUCAAUAAAAAAAGCCAAUGCAUCACAAAAAAGUA